AUGCUAAGCCUGCAUCUUCCCCGUUUCAUUCCCAACCUCCGUCCCUCUAAUCGGAACCCAAAACGCUUUAUAACGAAACCAUAUUGUAGUUUAAGAGAGCAGGGCAAUGAAAGUCCAAGAAACACUUGGCCAUUUGUUUCUGUUUCUCUUUUCUGCUCAGGAUUCUUCUUGGGUCCUCUCAUUGAUGGUCUACAUUCAAGGGUUAAUCUUGUAGAAUAUCAAAAUGGCUCGAUUGACAUCGGUCCUCUUCAUACAAACAUAUGGGUUCCUCCUUUGCUUGGAUUGUUCUAUUCCUCUGUUGGGUUGCUGCAACUCUUCUUGGAUGAAAGGAACUCUUCUAAGAUUCCUGAAGAAAACCCAGAAAAAGUCGCUAUUUCACUGGCAACCCUUUUGUUGUUCAUAGAAUUGAGUGCUGAGAUGUAUAAAGCUGGAAUACCAGACAACAUUGAGGCUUACAUAUUGUUCGCCGCGGCAGAAUUCAUAUGGUUGUUCCUCGACAGGACACGCCUAGGCUUCACCUUAGCAUCCAUUAUCGGCGUCGUUUGCCCGUUGGCUGAAAUUCCCAUUAUGAAGUUCUUCCACCUUUGGUAUUAUCCACAAGCGAACAUUGAAAUCUUCGGUCAGGGAUUAGUCACUUGGACAUUAACUUGCUACUUUGUCUACACGCCGUUCCUGAUCAGUUUAGCACGCUGGUUACAAUCAGUCGCAGCUGCCAGAGAUGAAUCAACCUAGACAAUAUGUUGGGAAUUAGCAUUCUUUUGGUUAUUAGGAAAGGGAAUACUAGGUCUCAUAACAUUUCAAGCUAAAGGACUAUGAAAUGUACUGACUUUUGAACAAGUGAGAAGUGUGCAAUUAGAUCACCAGUUUAAUAACAUAUUUUGCCUCAUCUCCUUGCCUAAAUCUAAAUGCUUGCAAAAAUGUUGACCAAUCUUGCUUGCAAGAAGAA